AUGUGGCGCCAAACCACGCCAUAUCUGCUGUUCAACUCGAUUGUCUUUCUCCAGGGCGCGUUGCUUUUUGGGCUGGACACUGGCUCAUUCGGAUCCUUGCAAGCUUUGCCUUCCUUCCUCAGCCGUUUCGGAGUUGCCAAUGCCGCUGGUACCUAUGCAUUACCCGCAACACGCAAGGCUUUGAUGAACUCUUUACCAUGGAUUGGUAAACUUUUGGGCUGUUUUGGCUCGGAAACAUUCAUCACGCGUACUGGCUACAAGAAGACUAUGUACCUGGCGGGAGUUAUUCAAAUCGUGGCUAUAAUAAUUGAACUUACGUCCCAACACUGGGCUCAGUUCACCGUCGGUCGUAUUAUCGCAUAUUUCGCCGUGGGGUUGGUAGAGAACGCGGUACCAUCAUACAACGCCGAAACCGCACCGGCAGCGAUAAGAGGAGUUUUUUCUGCAUCUAUUAUGAUGGUUUCCUCUUUAGGUAAUCUAUGGGGCGCAGGAAUGUCCCGCGCUUACUCUACGACUUUGACCAAAGAGGGCUGGAUAAUUCCCACCGCUAUGCAAUUCAUUCCUGCAGUUGGAUUACUAAGCCUUAUUCCCUGGACACCUGAGUCUCCCAGGUGGCUUGUAGCGAAAGGCCGCAAGGAGAAUGCAAAAGAGGUUCUGGUUAAAAUUCGGCCGAAAAGUGAGGUUGAAAGCGGUGCUACAUCUUUAGAAGUGGAACUGAUGGAGACAUUGCUCGGGGAAUCGUUGGCUUCAAAGGAAGGAUCUUGGCUGGAGCUCUUCCAGGGAAACCAUCUUCGAAGAACUUGGAUAUCUGCUACACUUUUCAUUCUCGAGCAGAUGAAUGGCAAUCAAUUUGUGCAGUCUUACGCUGCAACAUUUUAUACUCAGCAAGGACUUGGUGCGAUGUCAUUCACAUACACUAUGAUCGGACAAGUCGUUGGCGUUGUCGGAUGUGCUAUUGGUAUCUUAUUGCUGGAUAUAACAGGCCGCCGGCCUCUUGUGAUCUAUGGCGGUGCAAUGUGUUGGUUUCUUCUGUACCUUGCCUCCGGCCUAGGGACAAUGCAUCCCCUGAAUCAGAAUGAAACCAAUACAGAGCUGGCAUGUUUCAUGUUAUUGCCAGCUUUUACUCGUAUCUCGGCCUCGAAUACUGCAUUCCUCACAGGGGCUGAAAUAGGAGGUAUCCGUAUGCGAAAGAAGACAAUGGCAUUUGGUACUGCUUGCGAUGUUGUGGCAGCUUUCUUGGUUACAUUUGUCACACCCUAUCUCCUACCACAUAUGGGGGUCAACAUUGGCUGGAUAUUCGGGUCUGUGGCGGCGUUUUCUGUUGUGUGGGGUAUCUUAUUCUUCCCAGAGCUCAAGGGCCGUGGACUGGAAGAAGUGGACGAGCUUUUUGAAGCCAAGAUAUGGGCAUGGCAAUUCAAGCGAUACGAGACGUGUGGAGCUGGCAGGACUUUAGCCACUUUGGAGAAUGAAGGACAGGUAUACGACAGCAAAGAAACUACUGACAUUCAAGAUCACAAUUCGGCUUUGGGGGAAACUAAGUCUGCAACAGUUCGCCGAAUGCAUGUGGAUAAAGGUUCCAAUGCUGUUGGGUAUGACCUUGGUGGCUCCGAUAAUAAUGUCACCUGGGCGGGAGAACAAUGGACUUCUAAAAUUGAUAACGGCAAGGGGCAUUUCCCCCGUGGUCUUGAUGAAGAGACUGCCAAGGUUGAGAAUGAUACGAUUGAUGUGACAGUUCCCGACAGUGAGGCUGUAGUUGUGUAUUUUGUUGUUUAA